ACAAGAAUGGCAAGGUGGAAGUGUCUUCUACCAGAUUCAAGAAUCGAGUCAGAAUGUCGAGGACACAAGUGAGUAGUUCUUUGGUCUACACCUAUUCUUCCAUUGAUCUCAGGCGUGAAGACUAUGGAGAUCUUGGUUAGUAAUGAUGGGAGGGGCCUACCCAAGACUACUCGUGGUCGUGUUACCAGAGUUGAUGGCCGAGCUGCAACAAUCGCAAUUCAGGGUCACUUGUCGAACCAAGCUUCCCUCAAGGUAACAACUAUAGGGAGAGAUGAACCGACUCAAGCCGAGGGAGUCAAAGCUAUGGUCGUUCUCGCUGCUCUACAACAGUCAUCUGCCAUCCUUGACCACCCGUUCAUUCAAGCGCUCUUGUUCCCACGGUCGGAACUAUCCUGGACUACCUGCUCAUCUUAUACCCACAAAGUUGCCAUCGACUUCCCGCGUCCACUAAACGACUCUCAGCGCUGCGCAGUCAAACACAUUCUUUCGAACAGUGACGCAGAUAGGGUGACCAUGAUUCAAGGACCUCCAGGCACAGGGAAGACGACUGUCAUAGCAGCCGCAGUCACCAGCGUAGUGGCUUCCACUGACCGGAGUCGGACACUCUGGCUUAUAGCUCAAUCCAACGUUGCUGUCAAGAACAUUGCAGAAAAGCUAGCGUCAAUCCAGUUCUUAGGGUUCAAGAUUUUCGUCUCGAAAGAUUUCCAUUACCACUGGUGAGUGUAUAUUUACUUGAAUAUCGAAUCUCUUCACUCGGUCACAUUCCAAAGGCAUGAACACUUGUAUAAAGCGAUCGAAUCUAAUCUUGUUCGCUCCGACGAUUAUGUCGACGACAGAUUAGCUAUGGAAAGGCUGCUUCUGGGUUCGCGCGUCAUACUGUGCACCCUCAGUAUGUUGUCCAAUAACAAAAUAUCCACUAUCACGCAAAUUGUGCCGGUACAAACAAUCAUCUUCGAUGAAGCAAGCCAGAUCGAAAUCGGUGACUAUUUACCUGCGAUACACCUAUUUGGGUCUUCGUUGCGGAAGAUGGUCUUCAUCGGAGACGACAAACAACGUACGUUUGUCGUCUCUUCUACACUUGCCAUUAUCUCAGAGCCAGUAGUGGCACCUUAUGGUCACAGUGACAUUCCACAGUUGGAGAGUGUAUUCGAAAAGCAACA